AUGCGUAUAGGUCAAGUGUUGAGUCUCGUUCUUGUCGUUCACUGUGGCCGUCUACUGGCCAAAAUCUGCCCUCUUGACUGGCACCGAAACGGCGAGUCAUGUUACUUCAUUAUAAAGGACAAGAUGGAUUGGUACCACGCAAAUCGCACUUGUGCCAAGUCACGAGGAAACCUGCUCAUCCCAAACUCAAAAUCCGAACAGGAUUACAUAUGGGAACUAUUCCUGAAAGGGUUUGAUCAGACACCAGACGCUAGUCUCUGGAUUGGUUGUAAUGACAUCGAGGAGGAGGGAAAUUGGCAGCACUGUCCGUUGAAGGGUGAGACCAACGCCUAUGAGAAUUGGGCUGAAGAGGAACCUAAUAAUAACAACUAUGAAGCAGAUUGUUGAUCGCUUUGGGUUGCUAGGAAUGGUAAAUGGGAUGAUUACCCGUGCAAUGCAGAACGCUACGCAGUUUUUUUCCUUCUCAGUGUUUGGACUUGCCGACUUGUGGCCGAGAUCUGCCCUUCUGAUUGGCACAGAUUUGGCAAGUCAUGUUACCUCAUGAUAAAGGACAACAUGGAUUGGUACCAAGCAAAUCGCACUUGUGCCAAGUCAAGAGCAAACCUGUUCGUCCCAGACUUACAAUCCGAACAGGAUUACAUAUGGGAACUAUUCCUUGCAGAGUUUAAUCCGACAGCAGACACCUUUCUCUGGAUUGGUUGUAAUGACAUCGAGGAGGAGGGAAACUGGCAGCACUGUCCGUUGAAGGGUGAGACUAACGCUUAUAAGAACUGGAAAUAUGGAGAACCAAAUAACGCGGGAAAUGAAGAUUGUGGCAACCAAUACAUGAAAAAUAAUGGUCAAUGGAGCGAUGUGGAAUGCGAUAGAAAGGGCUUUGCUAUCUGCGAGCUCCACGUCAUCGACAACCGGGUACUCUGCCUGCAGACCGGCAAUGAUGGCCGCCUCCUUUACUAA